AUGGCAACAACACCGCCCUCUUAUACCAAAGUGACUCACUGCGCCACCUAUCCCGGCAUCAAUCCAACUCAGCCCGGCCUUUCUACCGCAGGCAAGGUUGUGCUGAUUACCGGUGCAUCUGGCGGCAUCGGCCGGGCCACUGCCAUAUCCUUUGCCGCCUCGAGACCCCGAGCCCUCAUCCUCCUCGGCCGUCGCGUCGACGCCCUGAUGGAAACCGCCACGAUCAUCAGCACAAGCCACGCAGACGUGACAGUUCAAGCCCAUCAGGCCGACCUUGGCGAUGCUUCGAGCGCACGCAAUGUCAUGAGCAAAGCGGCUGCUGAGUUUGGCAGCAUCGACAUUCUCGUGCACUGUGCUGGCGCACUCGCUCCGGUAAUACCCCUUCUGGAGGCGGAUCCGGCCACUUUCCUGGACGGCUACAAGACUACCGUCGUCGGUACGCUGGUGGCGGCGCAGGCUGUCGUCCUCGCAAACAAGACCAUUGCCAAGGAAGACAAGCCCGUCACCUUCAUCAAUCUGACCACAGCCGGCAUCCUGUUUCCCCCGUUCCCCGGUAUGGGCGCCUAUGUGAGCAGCAAAAUGGCUGCCGUGAAGCUCCUCCAGUCCUUUGCGGCCGAAAACCCGCAAGUGCGCCUUCACAAUGUGCAUCCAGGACUUCUUGAAACGGCCAUGUCAGCCAAGCUGGCGGAGUCGAUCCAAUUGCCAUAUGCGUAUGAUGACAUCUCUCUUCCCGCUGACUUCCUUGUCUGGGUCGCCUCCCCCGAAGCUGAAUUUCUCAAAAACAAGAUCGUCUUCGCCUCUUGGGACAUUGAUGAACUCAAGGCUCGCGAGAAGGAGAUUGUCGGUGGCCCGCCGGGAACUGGUGAGCUCUGGCUAGGCUACCAAGGAUUUCCACGAUUUAUGGCUGGCCAGCCUUUGCCUGGCACGCAGAAAGAGACUGAGAAGUUGGCUCCUGAUCUUGGUGAACAAGAUACCAAGCAUCAGGUCUUGGCGGUCUCCAGUUUCCCAACCACGAGCUUGUUCAAUUUCGCUCUAUUUUUCACGCUUGCACUAGCUGUGAUUGAGAUUAUACUCCGAUGGUCGAAGCAGAACAGUGGAUUAGGGCCAAAUCUGUCGGCAUACAAAUUUUUAUGGGAAUUUGGCCCAGCUGUCGUAUUUGCGAUAGCCUCCGGGUUCUGGGGCCGCCUUGCAGAUCAUAUUGGACAAACAACGGUUUGUCACCGAAUGAAAGACUCCCAUGGAGUGACUGCAUUUGCAACUCUCGGUAGAAUUCUUCUCAUCAUCACAAUAGGCCUGUCGUUCCGGCUUCUUGAAUUGCAGUGUGUUAAGCUCGACAGAAAAGCAAUAACUCUACUGGCUCACUCCGAGUUCUCGGGAGCUGGAUACAAUAGUGGAGAUAUCGAUGCAAAUCCAACGUUGACUGUAGCCGGUAUUCAUGGCCUUGGCCGACCAUAUCCUGCUGGCACGACUGGUGAACAUGCAUUUCAGCCUUUCAGUGCCGCUGUCAAAAGCAGAGAAGAUGACGGUAUAAUUGCGGGUAUUGUGGAUCUUUUCUCGUCGGACCUCAAGUGUGAAGUGGCGUCUGUCGUCAACUCAACUCCAAAAUGCAGCUCUGCCACUUGCCCCGACAAUGCACUGAGCGUGACUUUAAGCACUCCAACUUGCACAAAAUAUCGAAUCUCGCUAUUUCAAAGGAUUCCAGUCAGCGCGGACGAAUAUUAUGUGGACGUUGUAGCUGCUAACUGCGCAGACGCAAGUGAUGUGCCGGAAGAUCCUCAAUUGAUAUUUGUCGCCGCUCACUGGAAUCGCAAUAACCCCAAAGUAUCGUCCAUUGUUUGCGAGCCUAGCUACUCUAUAUCUCAAGCACACGUAUCAUUGCACCAACGGAACAGCAGUACCUUCAUGGUUAUUCCUAUCCGGAUCAACAAUGGCGAAUCGGAGCAGCACAUCCCGGAGGUGACACCAACAGAUCUUGCUGCGAGUUUUAUGUCAACACUAAAAAACGCCGAGAUACCACUAUCGAAACUACCUGAAGUUACCAAUAUGAUGGGACGCUCUUCAAACUCCGAUGGAGUGUAUUACAAUGCAUUCCACCUGGUUGUGAACAUGCUACUUCUGCGUUCACCCGAAGAACUCUUUGACUCAUUGCUUCUUGAAAAGGUUUCUCGUCAGGUAUACGCCUCAAUUACUGGGCAGAUCGCGAACCAGUAUCUUCUUCGCAGCAGUCACAAAGAGUUUGAAGGCCACUCCUUUGGCAACGUCAGCCGGGUCAUGGUUCAUGAAGAUUUCGCUAGGUUUAUCGAAGCCAGCUUGGUCGCUCUCAUAGUCUUAGUUGCGACUAUUCUGGCUCGAAGGCCAAUAGGAAACAGUGUAUCCCGACAAGGCGCUACUGUUCAGAAUUGGGGAAAGAAGGGGACUGAAUAA